UCUAAAAAUGGCGGACAACUGGGCAGCCUUCAAAACAUCAGACGCCGGGAAAGAGGGUGAUGAUGACUGGGCUGAUUUUGGUGGAUUUGAAUCAGCAUCGCCUGCAUCAAACCCUUUUGGAAAUUCGUCUGCUGCAUCACAGGGUUUUCCCUGGGCCACCGCAUUUCCUGCUUCCCCUCAACCGGCCUUAAAUACCCAAGCAACAGCUGCAUCACAGAAACCAGCAUUCCCAACUAGCACUGCUCAGAGUGUAAAUAUAUCUCCCUCUCCACCGCCACGCACGCAAGAUACGAACCUACUUAAUGACCCUGGGGAAUAUGCGAUGCUUAGUACGGCUCACAGCGGUAUACCUGGACAGAAAACUACCGCUACUGCAGGGUCCAUCCAAACUCCCACAGGACCACCAACCCAGCCAAACCCUCUCAGUGGUCUUCCCCCCCAACUUACUUCUUCUCAUGGAGAACUGCCUCACAACCAACAAGCACAGCAAAGCAACAUGCCCACCAAAUCCAAUCUUAUUCCUUCAAACGAACUAUUUAUUACGCAGAGCACCGAGUUGACUACACAGUCAGCGCCACCACGUGUACCACAGUCAGCGCCACCCCCCGUACCACAGUCAGCGCCACCCCCCGUACCAUCUAGAGAACAUCGCACCGUGACUGCAGUAGCACAAUCGCCAGCUGUGGAUGAAACUCGAGUUAAUAAUUUACAAGGGGAGUUAAAGGAAGCUAAUGAAAAAAUGAAUGACUAUCAAAAUAAGUUACAUAUAUCCGAAGAAAAAUUGUCACUUGCUGAAAGAGAAAAGAUUCGACUGGAGGAGAGCUUGGAGGAAAUGAAGAAAAGAUAUGCCGCCGCAACAGAUGUAGCAAAGGAACAGUAUUUGGAAAUAGAAAAGCAGAAGGAGAAAUACAAUGAAUUACAGGAUAAGCAUGAAGACCAGUUGAAAAACCUAAGAGAGGCAGGACAAGAGGCUUUUGCAUUGAUUGUGGAAGAAUACAAGGAGUUGUCAAAAACAGCCGUUGCACAAGAACGAGAGAAAAAUGAAAAACAUUUACAACAAGUACUUGAGGAAGAAAGAGAAAAAUUUACAACGUUUAUCAAUCAACAGGGAGAGAAUCUCAAACUGGUGGUAAAAGAAGAACAAGCUACUAACUUAAAGAAAUUAGAAGAAGCCUUAGAAGAACAAAAAGCUAAACAUCAAGCUGAAUUACAAGAUUGUCUUGCGGAAGAAAGAGAACGUGGAAAGGGAGCUGUUUUGAAGGCUGUGGAGGAGGAACAAGCUCGCGGGAAGGUUUUGACAGAAGAGUUGAUAAAUGAGCAGAAAAAAGAGUUUGAAAGUUUUAUAGCAGAACAAAAGAAAAUUUUCGAAGAAAAUCUUGCAGAGGAGAGAAAGGAGACCGCCAAGAAAAUCGAGGAAGUCCUUAAAGAAGAACAAGAACGAGCUAAAAAUGAUUUGGACGAAGCAAUUGCGGAAGAACGACACAAGUCACGAAAUGUUGUUAGCGCAGUUAAAGAAAAGACGAAAGAAGAAAUGGGGCAGUAUAUCAAGGAGAAAGAAAAGGCCGACGAGGCUGUUCGACUACGGAGUUACCAAAGUAUGGAACUUUUCUUACAGGGAGUACAAACACAACUUAGUUCUCUCAUAAAUAAAAGUGAUAUCCCGCCUUCGUCGUAAACUGAAUAUAUAUAGCUACCACUCGCUGGCCACGUAAGUGAGGUCUGUAGUUGACGAAUAUUAGACCAAAGUCCUAAUUUGGCUUCAUACCAACCGUAGCGUGAUUAAUAUAUAAGCGAUUUGUUAUGUGUUAUGCGGCAUGAAAUAUUUAUUUUCACUCAUGCACUUCGCUAUAUACGCUUUUUCACUAGCCUACUGUAUAAUUAUAACAUGCGCUGAAAUGCAUGGCUGCCAAAUAAUUUACUCUUAAAAAUGCAUGCGAAUAAAGAAACAAUAAUGAUAAUAAUAUUCGUGUAAUUUUGCUUGAUGAUAUCAAAUAUGUAGGUGUACACCACGAAAGUAUUUACUAUACUUACGUGGUGUACCUAUACAAGCUGAUUUACUGAAGCAAUAAUUAGUCAGACUAUUUAAAUGAUGAGGUAAAAUAAUAUAAACAUGAGCUAAAUUCUAAGAAUGGCCACAAUUGUUUCUUACGUGCGUGUAAAAAUAGUUCAAGCAUAAGACAUGAAUUUCGAGAAUGGCAGAAUUUCGAAACCGGUCUGCUUUUGAAUUCGCAGGCCGCAAAAAGCCUUAUUUAAAGCACACGGACUUCUGCUAAAGUUCUUAAUCAAAGUGCUUGAACCUAUUUUUCAAACGCGAAAGCACCGAAAAAACCUUUAAUCUACAUUCUGCUAUAUGUUAUAUUUUUCUCUAGCUUUUUUACCACUAGAAAUUGGAAUACUUAAUUUGCGUCAGUUGAGCAGUACAUUUGAAAACUUGAUUAAUUUUGCAUCAUUUCCAAAAUAUUAGUAUUCUUCCUAGUCCUUUCCUGAUUACGAAACAAAAAUAAUGAAUAUCGUUUCCGAAGCUGGCAGUCUGCAUAUGCUUAAAUCCCGUUUUCUACUAGGCGAAUUAAUUUAUUCGCGCGAAAAGAUAAAAAGUAGGAAGCGACUCAAAUUUUCGCGGCAAAUUUUUGCGCAAACCAAUCACAUGACCGGAUUUCUGAUAUCGCUUCGCGUCGCGCGUGGCGUUUCGAAGCCUGUGACCAUAUAUUAAGGCCGGCACACACCGGACGCGAUCCGCCAUCGCGACGCGAUUUUUACGAAUUUUUCGGUUUUCCAAAGAUGCUAAUUUUGACAAUGUGUGAUGUUGAACUGAACUGAACUGAAAGUAUGAAAGAAAG